AGGCGGCAGCCACAUUCCGUCUUGCGAACACUGCGCCCUAAAACUAACUUUCCGCUUCCUUCGUUUCUCCCCCUUAAUUUUUCUUCCUGCCUUGUGCGGCUGCUCCCAUAGCAGACAUGGCCAGUUCUACUCCCUCGGCCUUCGAUCCAGAGCACACCAAGAAGGAGCGGGAUGACGAAGAAGAGAAUUCGCCCGCUGCUGACGACGAGGACACCGGAGCUCAGGUCGCUCCCAUCGUGAAGCUCGAAGAGGUCGCUGUGACCACCGGCGAGGAGGAUGAGGAUGCUAUCAUCGAUCUAAAAUCGAAACUUUAUAGGUUUGACAAGGAUAGCAACCAGUGGAAAGAGAGAGGAACUGGAACGGUGAAGCUUUUGAAGCAUAAGGACACUGGCAAAGUUCGCCUCGUCUUUCGCCAAUCUAGGACACUCAAGAUCUGUGCUAACCAUCUAGUUAUUGCGGGAACGAAAGUGCAAGAGCACCCUGGAAAUGAUAAAUCGUGCAUAUGGCAUGCUACUGAUUUUGCUGAUGAGGAGUUGAAGGAUGAGCUCUUCUGCAUCCGAUUUGCUUCUGUUGAGAACUGCAAAACCUUCAUGGAGAAUGUUCAGGAGGUGGCUGAAAGUCAGAGCAAGGAAGAAAGUAAAGAUGCUUCAGAGACUGCCAAGCUUCUUGACAAGUUGAGUGUUGAUGAGGAUAAGACUGAGGGCAGUGCAAAGGAGGCCAGCGGUGAUGCAUCUGUUAAUGACAAGAAGGAAAAGGCGGAGACAGAAAAGAAGGUUGCUGAACCAGCUUCAUCAGCUUGAAACCUACAGGUGGAGGGGGGAAAGAAAGCUUUGGGGUAUGUUUGUGGUUUUUGGAAGUCUUUGACCAGCUUCAGUUGGUAAUAUAUGCGUAGGCACAGAAAGAGGGGAAGCAAGAAUGAAAGACCUGUGGUGUGUGUGUGAUGGAUCGCCUAGUUGGUCAUAGGUUUUGGGAACACUAAAAUACUGCAAAGCUAGGGCAAUUUGAACUGGUUUGUUUUGAGUCUGUCUUGGGAAGAAGUCCAGGUUCAUAUUUUCCAAGUCUGGAAUGGUGGUGGUUGGGUUCUCUGUGUGUUUCUACUGGUCUGGUUUGCCUAGGCAACGUUGGAUCGAAGUCAUUGCUAGUCAAAAACUCUGUGUCUGCAGUUAUAUUGUGCAAGAGUUCGUCGUUGGUCUUGUGCGGUUGAUGAUGAAUAUACAUCACUUUAUAGUGUCUGUCUGAAAUCUGAAUCAUCUGUUUGGGAUGGAUGGUCUUUGAAGAAUGCGAUAUUUAUGCAUUCUUUUGUGGAGUCUUUUUGGUUGUUUCCCUCCCAUUAUGCCGUUGUGAUUUGUGACUGAAGUUAUCUUUAUCUAGUAGAACUUUAUCCCUCAGCUUCACAAAUGCGUUGAAUUUUGCUGUGCCUUCGUAUCUUGGUUAUUUUGGUUGAUGUGUUCAGAACGCCAGUGUUGGUUUCAUGAACUGUGUUUGUUGUGCAUUAGCCACUUUACUAAAGAAUCUAAUUUCUUUCAUAGAUUUAACCGACUGGAAGGACAAAUGUAGCCAAUUAGAAAAAUGAAAUUCAAAAUUCCGCACUCUUCAUGUCGUCAUCUCAAUGAGCUACCAAACAAUGCAAGAUAUAUCAAUUUUAUUGUUGCUAAUUACAAAGCGAU